AUGUGUUCUGCAAGUAUUGAUACGAGUAUCGAGAAAUCUUCGGAGUAUUUGAAUACUACUGAACAUUCUCAGCAGGAACUACCGGCAAAGUUUCGACAUUUAUUUCGACGUUUACCAAAAGAUCGACUUCUCAAAUUUACGAAACAAUUACCACACUUCAAGCCACCUUUGAAUAAAACAACUGAAUCAAUCGAGACAACGACAAUAAUCACGGCAGGAAACGAUGAAGCUACACAUAAUAUAUGUCUAGUUUCUGAUAGUCCACAUUAUGUUGUUCGAAUCGCCGGGACAGGCAAUGUACAAGAAUUUGAAAAAUACAUUUCGGAAGAUCCAUCAAAACUAACUGUUUUCAAUCCUACUGGCCUUUGUGCAGCACACAAUGCUGCUGCACGUAACAAAGUUGCGAUUUUAACUUUGGUCGCUCAAUAUCAAGGCGAUCUGAAUAUUGAAGACAAAAAUGGUUGGACUCCGUUACAUCACGCUGUCCGCAACAAUGCCUUGGCUGCUAUUGAAUUUCUUCUGGAACAUCUAGUCGACGAUUCGAAGUUGAACAAACAACAAGAAGCAGCUAUUCAUACAGGUGUUAUACACAAUCAACUCAAUGCUCUCAAACUUCUUAUCUCUAAAAGGCCUCAUCUGGUUGACUUACCAGGUGAAAGAAAGAAAACGCCACUUCAUUAUGCUGCACUAAUUGACAAUGUCGAUGCUGCCAAAAUCCUGACAAAUAAUCACGCUAAUAUAUACAUAAAGAGUGAAGUGGGCAGCUAUCCUGUUCACGUUGCUGCACUGAAUAGCAGCAACCGUGUUUUUAAUCAUCUGUUUGAAACAGCGAAAUUGAUGGAGAAUGGUACAACCGAGCUAUUGAAUAUCUGUGACGCUGAAAACCACCGACCAUUACAUUCAUCAGUUAUAGGGGGUAAUACUGAAGCCGUGGAAAUUUGUUUGAAUAAUGGUGGCUCUAUCGAUGAUCAACAAGACGAUUUAUCUACACCAGUUCAUCUAGCAGCUUCACAAGGAUCUAUAGAGCUCACCAAGCUAAUGUUUACUUGUCAGCCACAACUUGUGCCAAAAGUUAUUCGUAUGACCGAUGUCCAAGGCAUGACAUCGUUACACAAAGCGGCUAUGGGUGAUCAUCUAGACGUCAUAGAAUACCUGUUGGAAUCAGGAUCUGACAUCGACGCUCGAGACGUUUCAAAACGAACACCACUCAUUCUUGCUGCUCUCAACUCUUCUGUCCAUGCUGUCUGUUUCCUCCUUUCUAAAAAUGCAUCCUUGUCUUAUCGAGAUGAUGCUGAUCGAAACCUUCUUCAUGUCACCAUCAUGCAGAACCUUCCUAUCGACACCAUCGGCACUGCUCUCUUCAAACGUGACAACUAUCGCAUCCUCUUCGAUCAACGUGACACCGACGGAUUCUACCCCAUUCACUAUGCAUCUCGCGAUGGACUCGUCAAUGUUCNUCGCAAUCGACCCUGUAUGUGCGUAUGA